GCCUGCUAUUCGCUUAAAUUGACGGUCAUCGCUCUCACAACGCAGCGGCGCGUAGUAGAGAGCAAAGUUUGGGUAUAUAUAUGUAAAACAUAAACUUGUUUCCUUUCGCAGGUGUGCCGUUUUGAAGAAAGCGGAGGCCUAUCCAUACAGUCAGACGCACCCACUCAAACAAACGCAUUCACAGAAUUAAUUUUUCGACUUACUUUGGCGGGAGCCGCUCACAAACUGCUGCUGCUGCUGAAGUGCACUGUGGCAGCUGCCUCUAGAUAGACAAAGAAGGAAGAACAGGUACAACACAUACAUCCUGCACGCCACAAGAACAACAAACGAAGAAGAUGCUUCAGGUCGUCUCUAUGGGAGAAAUUGUGCAGGACCCGGCCUGCUACGCCGUCCUCGCCGGCAAACCCAUCGUCUUCCCGGAUCACUACACCAUCAACCGUGCCGUCUUCGUGUCUCCCACGUCCAACGCCAAGCCCACUCUUCUCUACAAGGACACCUCCACUGGUGACGCGGCGGCCGCGAUGGACAAACCGUUCUUUGUGGCUACCGUCACCGUCAUCGCCGCCACCGCGGACACGGACGGCGCCACGUUGCAUUUCCACAUCAUCCGCAGCGACAACCCGACGGAGAAGGUGUACAAGGCCACCAAGUCAGCCACCACGGUCUGGCGCGUGGCGCUCGAAGACGCCGCGAGGGAUUUUCCAGACCAGAAGGAGCAGCUGCUGGCCACGUGCGAUUCGCAGGGUCGCCUGCAGGUCAACGGGGUUCGUUUCUACGGUCUUCACAUGAAGGAGGUGCAAGAGGAGCUGAUGGCGCUCCCCGGUGGAGCUGCUGCCUUUCAGAACGCCGCCGCGGCGAUGGUAGCAGCGAAACAGCAACAUCAGCAGCAAACUGGGCAUGAUCACACCUCGCCCCCGGCCUCGCAGCCCUCGCAGGCGACCACAAAGGCAGCUAAAAAAAAGCUCUCGUCGCCUUCGCCUUCGCGCGUUGUACCGAAGGCAAAGCCAGCUUCUCGCAAACGAACCAGCCGCCCCACCUCCGCCGACAUGGCCGCUUCUCCCGCGAGUACCAAUGGCGUAACCGUUACAUCGGUGGUUGAGGACGUUCCGUCGGUCAGCAACAGUCAACCGCCACCGGUGGUGGCCGUCGUCACGCCGACAAAAACAAAACGACCACGAAAGCCAAAAGCAGACGGUGCUGCCGCUUCGCACGAGCCGAGUGUCACGGUGCGAGAGGCAAUCGAGGGUACCGAGGACGUCAGCGGCGCCGCCCUGCCUGCGAAGCGCCGUCGUCCCUCAGUCAAGCAGAACAGUACUAUGAACAGCAGCGGUGUAGGCGUUGCCCCAGCUUCCGCGCCGGCGGCGGUCUGCCCAGCUUGUGGGCUGGCCGGCACACCAUUCUGCGCCGCCACCGGCAAGCCGCACGAUGUACCGCCCUGCCCCGCCUGCGGACUUCACACCGCGUUCUGCCCCGUCUCUGGGCAGCCGCACGCGGGUGCGAUGCAGCGCGAAAACCGGCAGCGCGGGGAGGUGCAUCUGCCGGGCACAUCGCGUAAGCCUCGACGCAAGGCCGCAGCGGGCAAGGCAGGUCCGCCAGCGGCGAUCGAUGAGAGUGUGGCAGAGGUGACCGUCGUCAGCACUCAGGACGGGAGCGGCAACCUUGCCAGUGGAGACGCCGCAACGCAGCAGAAGCAGCCGCGCAAGAGGCGCGUGCGUACACCCUCUACAGCGGAAGGCAGUGGCGCGGCGGAGGGAGGUGCCGCCGAUGCUCUUGCAGUGGCGGCGACCGCACAGGGGGAUGCACCGGCCCGCACACGGCGUGGCCGCAAACGUGUGAAGGAAGAAGCAGCAGCAGCGACGGCCGCGGUGGCCUCUGCAUCGGGGAAUGCAACCGACCCUGCAGGGGGUGCAACUUCCACCGCAGCAGCGACAUCAGCGAACGGUGCUGCGGCGAUGCCUGCGGCACCUCCUGUCGUCUUAGAAGGUGACCAAUCCCUCUUUGAACUCGCCAAGGAAUCGAUCUACCUUUACCCCCCGCUACGCCCCCCGCUGUCGACGCGGGAGCACCACAAGGCCGCCCUGCUGCUGCAGGAAAGCUGGAAGGCGCAGUACGGCGAGGGCCCGGUGCUGCCGCCGGCGGUGGCGGCCGUGCCGCUGGCGUUUGUGGCCGUGAAGCGCGCCGUCGGCGCUGCGGAGGCACGCGGGGGGAGGGCAACGGCAUCGAAAGGGCGUCGACGAGGUCGUGGUGGCGAUGAUGAUGCCGCUCCUACCACAACCGUCAAAGAGGAAGAGGGCAACCACAAGAUCAACGACAACGAAAGCGCAAAGGUCAGCAACCCGGACGACGCGAGGGACGCGGCGGCGCAGGAGCCCCCAGCAGAGGGGACGGAGGGUGAAGAGAACAGGACGGCGCGCAGCAGCGCUGUGGGCAGCCCCACCACGGCGUCCACGGCGAGCGCCGCUCUGCCGUCCAUGGUGCACCCGCUGGAGGUCAUGCAGCUGUCGUCGAGCGCAGCAGGGAAGCGGCUGGUGCGGUUCCUCCUGCAGUACGCCAGCGAGCGGAGUCAGUUCGAUCUCCUGCGCAGCAACGCAGCAGCGGUGGCGGCAGCUGGCGGCGGUGCAGAAAAGAAGAAGUCAACAAAAGGGAAAGGCCAGGUGAAUGGCGAGGGGGCCGAGGAGGGCUGCGAUGCGGUGCCGAAGGCGGACGACGACAACACCGGUGCGGAUGUGGAGACUGCUCACACGACGCACGCGGAUACGACGAUGAAGAUGCUGCAGUCAGAGCCUCGGGACGAGGUGGGCGCGUCGGCAGAUGAAGAAGUGAUGGAGGAAGGUGCUCGGGUGAAGGAGGAAGGCAGCGCGGUGGAGGCACAGUAG